AUGGGAGACUUCAUCCUAACCAUCCUGCAGGGCAUAACGCAGCCAAGGGUCUCUGACACCGAUGUGGUUGCCAGGACGUUGGAUGCGGUCCUGAAAGAUGCGGACCCUCAGCUCUCGAACGUGCCACUGAUCGUGCAGAGCAUCUACGACCACCUCAUGUCGGACUGUGAGGAGUCGCUCCGGGACAUUGCGAUCCGGACCCUUCAGCAGAUGACACGCUUGAACCCACAGUGUGUGGUCAGCUUCGUGCUGCGUGACAUCCCAUGGUCUUCUGCAAUCAUGUGGCAGACGAUGGUCUCCGAACCCAGCCUUGCAGAGGUCGUGCUGGAGUCCCUGCUGCAGAAAUGGCCAAAGCCCAGGCACGAUGGCCUUGGCCCGGGCCACAAUUGCACCGGUUACCUGGCAAUAAGUCAUGCCCUGCACGCGAUCCUCCAUCUGCCCUCCACUAAAGGCUCUGCUUGGCAGCUGAUCCACAAGCUGUACGUAGGGAUGCUCUUCCAGAUCUCCUUCCUGCUGCAGUGCACACAGCAUGGCUGCUUCAGUGCGAUCACCGAUGAUGAGGACAUGUCGCCUGUGAACAUCAUCAGGCAUGCGGUGGAGAGCAUGAGAGCUCUUUUCCAACACCUGAAGAGUGACGGUCUGGUGGAGGACAUAGAGCAGCAGGGUGGCUGGGACAUGCUUAUGAGCCUUGACACCUACCACACAGGCGUGGCUGUGCUGACCAGGGCGCUGCGAAGCACAGUACCGCUCUGCUGUCCCAUGGUGUUUGAAGAAACAGUCACAGCUCUCGCGCAAAGACAGGAGCACAAGGAGAUCGGGACCAUGGCUGUGUUUGCUGAGGUGGGCCUAGAGGCGAGCGGUGCCUCCUGGAGGUGCCUCUGCCUUAGUCUGUGUGGCAGAGUGGGGAGGGUCAGGUUGCAUGUCCACAGAGCAGGGCCGCUCUCACCGCUGGGGACAGCCCUGCCCCAAGGCCUUUUCCCCUCGAGGCUGAGGAAAAGGGUGGAAGAACAUGCAUUUGGUGCAGCUCCUGAGAGCGAGAGGCUGCACAUGGCUGUGAGGGCAGGAGCAGCAGGAAGGGAGCUGCUGUGCUGCCACGAGACAGAACUGUGGCUGGCCCUUGGCCUCCUGCCCUGGGCCUUGAGGGGGGGCGGCAGUUCAUCACAUGGAUCCUGCCGACGGGGACGGCCUCUCAUGGUACUGCUGGGUGUGUUUCAGCUGCUGAAGUGCGUUAAGGUCACUGACAUCGUGGCGUACGUCAAUGGCUACAGCAUCCAGAGCCUGCUCCAGUCACACCUGAAGAGUCAGUACUCAUUGCUGCGUGACUUGGCUACCACCAGCCUGGUCAGGCUGUCUGCGAUACCCGAGAUGGCAGUAACUCUGCAAGACCUGCUGCCAGAGAUCACAGAGCAACUGCAAGAUGCCCACAGCAUCAUCGGUGUGAAGUCUGUGACUGUCCUCCACAACAUGCUGCACCUGGCAGACAGAGAGAAGGUGGUGCCCACUGCCCUGCAGCUGCCUGAGCUCCUGCUGCCCUUCUUCUUUAACGAGUCCGCCCAGACGAGGCAGCGCUCCAUCCUUCUCUGUAAGGAUGCCAUGGAGGUUGCAGGGGACACCCACACAGUGGAGAUUAAGGAGGAAGUGCACAACAUCCUCGUGCCUCUCUUCUUCCACCUGCAUGACGAGGACCAGAGCGUGGCUCAGGCCUCCUGGGAAGCCCUUCUUUGUGCCGCCAAGCUGCUGAAGCACAGGCACCUCAGCUAUCUGCUGAAGACAGCGCAGCUGCAGAGGAUCGGCGAGUGCCUGCUGGUGGGCCACAGCAGCAGAGCAGAUCAGUUCCUGGAGCAGAGCCUGUCCUACCUAUGCAGCCCCCAGGAACCACUGCAAGAGGCGGCCAUCAGGUUCAUUGGGCUUGCCGGGAGACACCUGAGAAAUGGACGUGAGGAGAAGCUGAACACCACCAUUGAGGGCCAGAAGAGGAAGUAUCAAGGGCCUACUGUGAACGUCUUGGUCCUAGAGGGUGCCCUGCAGACCAGCAGUGCUGAGAGCUCUGGCUCUCUGGAUGAAGAGACGAAAACGAGAGAGACGAGAGUAUCAAAAAAUGAGAGUCAAACCACGACAGUGCGAGGAAAGCACGCGCUUUCUCCGCGGCGAGCUGAGCCGGCUGAGCCGGGCCAGAAGGAGAGAGGCAGCCGCUCCGGGUCCCGUCCGCAGCUCCACCGCACUCCUGUGCCCGCCAGGUCCUCCGGGGAUGCCGCCCCCUCCCCUCCCAUGGCGAUACUCAAAGAGUCCGCAAAAGACAGUAAAGGGAACCAGCACAUUCACGCGUUAACUCCCACUGGUCCCCAUGAUGUUCAGAUGUGGAAUACUGACCGCAAAAAAUCACGAAACCACAACAGCUAA